AUGCGUGCACGUUUUUCGGCCUUUUGCCAACACACCGGGGCUCCUCUACAGCUUACCGAGUGGAUCUUUAAUGCCAGCGUCGUCGAUCCCAACGCUUCCAUUGCCAAUUGCAUCACCUCUCGGGUCACACACUGCGACAGCGGAAGCUCCAGCGACACUGUCGACUGGAACGACUGGUAUGCUGUUCACCUUGUCUGCGAGCAUCCGCGUGGCACACCGCUCACGAGUCUUGUUCACUCCGUGACUUCCAUCAAGACAGCCCAGUCGCCCGCCUUCAACACGAAGAACACUAUUACGCUGGUUGAGUUGGAGCGUAUCCGGCUGAUUGCUCAGCAAGUUCUGGGGGCGUUGCAGUGGCUUCUGCGGAACUCCAUGUCUCAUCGGAACCUUCAG